AUGGCUUCAGGAAGUGAGGACGAAAUCGAGGGGGCAUGGUAUUAUGGAUCAAGCCAAUAUGAUCCUCAAUCAAGCUUAGAAUCAGAGAAAGAACCGACAGACAUGGUUGAGCAACAAGAAGAAGAACACAAUCAUCAUAAGCCAAGGCUCAGUAGUGAGAUGAGGCAUUUAAUAUUUCAAGAUAUGAUCUCAAUGCGAACAACCGACUCAUUACCUUAUGGAACAUUUCAAAGAAUUGCAGAAAAAUUUGGUUAUCAUCAUAGAACCAUAAGAAAUUUAUGGAAAAGGGCAAUACAAUCAAAAGAAAGAGUUGUGGUGCCUCCAAACAUUCUAGAAUCUACACCGAUGGGGGAACGUACAAGUAUAAGAGAUGUUGCAAGUUGUUUAGACUUGGCACCAUCGACCGUUUGGAGGUUAAUUAAAAGAGGUAAAAUUAAGGUACAUUCAAAUCCUCUUCACCCGGCUUUAACCGAUGCCAAUAAAUUGAGAAGGGUGGAGUGGAUUAUGAGUGUCAUCCAAGAAGAUAGCAUUCAAAGACAUCAAAUAUACAAGGGAAUGUUUGAUUUCAUUCACAUCGAUGAGAAAUGGUUUUAUUUGACCAAAAAAACUCAAAGAGUUUCCCUUGCACACAAAGAGAAGAUCUCGUAUAGGGCAGCAAAGUCAUCUAAGUUUAUACCGAAGGCCAUGUUCCUAGGGGCGGUUGCUAGGCCAAGAUGGAGUCCACACGGUCAAUGCACGUUUGAUAGGAAAAUAGGAAUUUUCCCCUUUAUUAACAGGGUUGCAGCCGUGAGGGACUCGAAGAAUAGGCCUAGGGGGUCAAUUGAAAUUAAGCCAACAGAAUUGGUCACUCAAGAAGUUUAUAGAAACAUGCUCAUCCAAAAUCUCAUUCCGACAAUACUAAGAAAGUGGCCAAAUGAAGGCCCUUCAAUCAUUUUCAUUCAACAAGACAAUGCAAGAGUGCACAUUACAAAUGAAGAUCCAAUAUGGAAACAUCACAACAAGCAAGGUGGGUUAACCUUCAUUCUUACACAACAAUCCCCUAAUAGUCCAGAUUGUAUCAUCUUGGACUUGGGUUUCUUUAGAAGCAUUCAAUCAUUAAUGCAUAAGAAAAUGCCAAAGAAUAUGACAGAGUUGAUUAGUGCAAUUGACGAUGCAUAUCACCACUUAAAUGAGAUAUUGAAGGUUAAGGGAUGUAAUGACUACGUCCAACCUCAUUUUGGUAAAAAAGUUGAAGAAGAUAAUGGGAAGCUUAGAAUUCAAGUUCGAAUUCUGACACAGCUACUUAGGGAAGCUGUUGCUUUUGUGAAUCAAAACAGAAAUCAGCAAGCAUCACAAACAGUAGCAGAGAAUAAAGAUGUGACACAAUCAUCCAAUACAAUACAAGAAGCAUAUGAUCAAGCAAUCGAGGAGACACAAGGAUGA